ACCCCACAAACCACAUAGGUACAGCUCACCAAAAUGUCACAUCUUGGUUUUUUGGUUAAAAGUGGUUUGAGCCUAAUAACCUUGGUCAGUUCAUAAAAUAAUAAAACCUCCUCUGUAAAGAGGUUUUACUCUGUUCCAGGCACUAUGCUAAGGCCUUUGCACAUAGAACUCAUGUAACCCUUGUAACAGGCUAUGAUGUGGAUGGCUUCUUAUCUCUAUUUUCUUUCUUCUUCUUUUUUUUUUUUCUUUUUAGGGUUGCACAUGUGGCACAUGGCUGUUUCCAGUCUAGGGGUCAAAUCAGAACCAUAGCUGCCAGCCAACACCAAAACCACAGCAAAGCUGGAGUCAUGUCUAUGAACUAUAUAUACCACAGGUCCUUAACCCACUGAGCAAGGCCAGGGAUCAAACUCGCAUCCUCAUGGAUACCAGCUGGGUUCUCCAACUGCUAAGCCACAAUGGGAACUUCACCUCUAUUUCUUAGGUGGGGAAAUUAAGGCUGAGAGAGCUGAAUAACUUGCUCAUGGUCACACAGCUUCUAAGUGGCAGAGCCAGAAUUGUAACCAAGUCUGACUGCAAACUGCAUAGGAAGUUCUGUGUGAAGAAUAAUUUAUUCAUUUGUUGUUUAAUUUCAGCUGACAAUUAUUAGAGGUAACCAAUGGCAGGGUCAGAGAAUUUACCACUAACCUCUAAGCUACUCCAAAUCUAAGAAAACAAAACCUGCUUGCCUGCUGCUGAAAUGUAACGUUCAGAAAGAUAAAAUCAUGACUCCCUUGAAGAUAAAACAUGAACAUAUAUCAAAAUGUUUAUUUAAGUUAUUAGUAAGGGAACUCAUAAGAUUUACUACCAGCUCAGUUUGAUGUACAGAGAUUUAUAUUCCCUUCUGACAGAAUUCGUUUGGCUCACCAUAGAGGAAUCACCGGCACUGGCCAGUAGCAAACAGGUUAGCCAGCUCAGCCUUUGUAGGGGGAAUUCUGUUGCCUCAUCCUCUCUCCCUGGUACAUGGCCUCUUCAUUCAUGGGCCCAUAGAGCAAGCACUGUGCUGCUGUGUAAAGAAGCUCAUUUGACAUCACAGAGCACAGAAUUUUGUCUACUUGAUUAUUAAGAGUCUCCUCUGCAGUGGCUGCCCUUUGAAGGCAGUGACACAGGACACAAAUAUCUUCAGUAUAUACCUGUUCAGAGGGAUCCAGCCACAUAUGUCUUUUCCAAGGUUUCCUUGUCACCAGUCUUCCAGUCCUAUUCCUUUCAAGGCCCUUACCAUCCAGCCAAACCAUCAACAACUGCCCAUGAAUCAGUGGGGAUCUGUACUCUAGCCAUCUCUCACCCCAGACGUAGUAUAUAGUUAAAUAUCCUGCUUGAAUUUCUUCCCAGGAGGAGGAUUUUCCUUCAUCACUGUCUUCACAAUCUCCCCAGAGUGGACCUGUAAUGCUCCUUCUGUCCACUUUCAUGUGGUACCAGCAUAUUAUACAGUCCCAUCUGUAAUCCAUGGCUGAGGUUUUCUCCCUCAGUCAACUAGUCACCAGCAAUCCCCUGGAGGCCAUAGGCAUGGAAGCUCAAGGACUUGUUGCAGGAGUUUGAACCAUCUGCUCAUGCAAUUUACUUGUACCUAAUGGACCUGCCUGAGUUCAGUCUCCCAUACACCACUUGAUAACAGACUGCUGCUGUGCACACCUAACCUUGUAACAAGGUAAGUAAGUCAGAUAACAUCUAUAUUAUGGAGAGAGCUCAAGCUGCAUGGACAUCUCAUUCAGCCUCUACCAAUACCUAGUAGUAGCAAGCCAGAAACUGCUUCUCCAAAGGAGAAUAGUUAUCUGCAGAAGAGGACAUAGAUUUGCUUCACAAUCCUAGAGGACUGCACUGUAGUGCUACUGGUGCUUGCUAGAGGCUCCAUACAGCUUCCUUAUUUGACACUUCAAGCGUCAUUGGAUCUGUUGGAUCAUAAGACUCAAGUGUUCUUAAUUGGCUUAACAGACCCUAAGCAGCUGUAGUGCCUUCUCUUGUUCUGCUCCCCAAUCUACCAGCCUAUAGAUGGGUCGAGGUUGCACCCGCAAAUAUGUAUGUUGCUUCCAAAGUGACCUACUAAGAGUUGUGUCUUUCUUCUUGCAGGCCAUACAAGAUGUAGCAAUUCGUCUUUCACCCUGCAUGGUGGUGGUGGGAAGGAGUAUUUCAAAAUGCUCCUAGAUUUCACUGUUGGUACUAAUUCUGUGAUGCUUCCAAUCAGGAGGAAGAGGCCAUAAAGUAACAGGAACAGAGAAAGAUGAGCAGAAGAAAUAGUAACUAUAAUAGGAGAUUGGAGUAAUGAGGGAUUGGCCAAUAAAAAGUGGAGAAUUCUAAGCAAUAUAGAGAUGGUAGCUAUCUGCAGCAGCUGAGAGUUGGGUACUCUCUCCACUUCUGUUAUAGUAAUAAUUCAACUCUACUGUGACUGUGUCUUUGUACCAUCACUGGACUGUAAGGUCCUUGCGAGUAGGGACCACAUGCCUUGUCUCCCAUUAUAUCUCCAGAGCUAAGGGGGACACUUAGCACCCCAAAGACUAGGAGUAAACAAGUUAACAAAUGAAUGAAUGAAUGCAGCCAAUAUUGGCACUCUAGCAGCCUGCAAGAGAAUUGUCCUCUUUCCUGCCACAUAAGCCAGACCCAAAGAAAGGUGUCUCCAACACACACCUGGAUGCUUCGGUCCAAUGAGAAGAUGCUGGUAAUCCUUUCAAAGGAGCCGCCAGUGGAGGGGUGUAUGCCUCAAGAAGAGGCAAAAGUCUAGCCCAACUUCCCAGACUGCCUCUAAGUUCUUAGUCCCCAAGGUAAGAGCUAAACACACACCCCCCAAAAAAAGAGUCUCACUCUGUCCUGAUUGCUACGUGAAUACGUGCACACCGCUGGGCACCGCUGGGCCCCGCUGGGCCCCGCCAAUAACAGGUGUAGGCGGGAUUCCCAGCAAAGACUACUCUCCUGACCUGACAAAGCAUCUGCCAGGGAACAGGCCGGGUGGGACCAGGCUCAGACUAGCCGAGGUGAGGCGGGGCGAGGUAGGGCGGGGCAGGGCGGGCUUAGAAAACCCGCCCGAGUCUGACCCACCGCAGAGGUCGAGCUAUGGCGGACGCGUUCAGGGAGCGCACAGCCCGGCUUCUGACCGACUACCUGGAGUACUGCGCCCGGGAGCCCGGCACCGCCGCGCGGCAGCCGUCCUCGCCCGAGGCCGCAGUGCUGCGUUGCGUGGCUGCCCAGAUACGGGAGUACAACGUGCGCACCUUGUCUGUCUACCGCGGCUUCCGCUGGAACCGUGUCGAAUUGGUGGCCUGGAUGGCACAGAAACUACUCGCAAGCCCACGUGGCCCCAACUGGUACCGCGUGGCAUCACUCUUGACCUUCGCAGGGAUGCUGCUGGAAAGACAUCCUCGGGAGGCCUGUGGGCGGAAGAAGAAGGAGGGCAACGUUAGCAGGGACUGCCGACUCCUGGUGGCUUUGCUGUGCGCUCAGCUCUCAGGGCAGCAUCGCACCUGGCUAUUGGCGAACGGCGGCUGGGAUGGAUUUUGUCUCUUCUUCCAAGGUUCAUUGCAACAAACUUGGACAAGACACAUGGUCUGGGUUUUUGUGUCAUACUGUACAGCAGUGGUCUUACUCUACUUGUGGAGAAAAUUAUUGUCCUAUGUUCUUGCCAGGUGUAUUCCAACUCUUUGGGUUCUGUUACUUUGAGAAUAGAAUCUGGAGAGGAUGUUUUGCCUUCCCAGAGAGAGCCUGCCCAGAAGAGAAGAGCUCACAGAAGGACUGAGUCAGAUUUGAGAUGAGUGGAAUGUGGAGAAACAGUUCUGAUGGUAUGACUGAAAUCUCACAGUGUGGCUGUGCCUAAAGCUACUUGGGACUCAAUAAAUUUUCUGUUUUUUUUUUAAUUGAAGUAUAGUUG